CACCGGCCUCGCCAGCGAAUCAGCCUAAGAUGUGGCGGCGCGGUCGGCAAGGUGUCGCCACGUCAUCCCAAGGAGAUGAUGACACACGACCACAAUCAUCGAGAAGCUAUUCUUCAAGUCUCGUCGAAGCCGCCCUGGAGCAAUAUGCAGCUCGGAUAGGAGAUCCCGAGCUCAAACGCAUCCUGCGCAACGCUCUACCUAAUACGCUCGACACGACUGUGCAUUCUUAUGAUCUGGAUUUAUCCUGUCGCGACCUCUCAAAAGCCCAGCCCCGUGCUUUCAUUAUUACGGGCGAUAUCCCUGCGCAAUGGACUCGAGACUCGACGAAUCAAGUCCGGCCCUAUAUUAAGAUUCUCAAAGCGCAUCUCGCGGGUCACCCCACAGCGCUCGAAGCCGGAGAGGAGGAUGCAACAGCGCAAGACGCACAGAAGCUCUACCGACUCUUGCUUGGCUUGCUGUAUCGACAAGCAAGUACCAUCAUCCAUCAUCCUUUCGCUAACGCGUAUCUUCCCCCCGGCCAAACAAGAAAGCCGCCGAGUGGCGAUUGGGUCAGACCCAUUUGCACACCGUCGAAUCCUGAUGCGAACGACGGCAACACCUUCUGGCCGCCCGCAAAGGACGAGCGACAACGUUCCACGCCGGGCGACGAGAAUGUCGGAAUAUGGGAAGCGAAAUGGGAAGUCGACAGCUUGGCAAGCUUCAUCGGUCUUGCUGCCGAGCUGAGCCUUGCGACUGCUCGAGUCGAUUUCGUGCAUAACGACAUUUGGCGCAGAGCGUUCGCGCUGGCUAUAGCCACAUUGAGAUCGCAGCAGCGGUCCACGGUAGUUGAGGAAGCUAUACUACAAGGCAGAGAAACGGACCAGCUCGAUGCUUCCUACUCUGCAGAUUGGAGCAAGCGAUAUACUGGCGCGAGAGGAAUCUAUCGCUUUCAGAGACGCGACACAUCUGCUACCGAGACACGCUCGCUCGCGGGUCUUGGCGAACCGGGCGAAGCAUGCGGUUUGGUCAAAUCAGCCUUCCGCCCAUCAGACGACGCAACGGUGCUGCCCUUCCUGGUGCCAGCCAACGCUCAGCUGACUGCCAGUCUUGCUCGUCUACUGGGCGCAUUGGAAAGCAAAGAUGUCUCUGAUGCGCUGUCAGAUGUACUGCAAGAAGCACAGGGACUGGCAGACGACAUAAAGCAAGCGAUCGAGACACAUUGCAUCGUCAACGGGCGAUACGUUUACGAGACCGAUGGCUAUGGCUCUACACUAUUCAUGGACGACGCAAAUCUGCCGAGCUUGCUUUCUCUGCCUUAUCUUGGCUUCAUCAGCAAGACAGACAAGACCUACCUCCAGACACGCAAAGACGUGCUAUCAAAAGCGAACAAAUACUUCUUUUCAGGCAUAUUAGGCGAAGGCGUGGGCGGUCCACACUGUGGACUCGAUCAGAUCUGGCCGAUGUCAAUCAUCAUGCGAGCGUUGACUAGUUCCGACGACGCAGAGAUCGCAACAGCGUUGCAUACAAUCAAGACGACAACAGCAGGCACUCACUUUGUUCACGAGAGCUUCGAUGCCAACAAUCCUGCUCGAUUCUCCCGGUAUCACUUCGCAUGGGCCAACUCCCUCUACGGCGAGUUGAUCAUGCACUUGCUGGACGAAGGCAAGGAUCACCUGCUCGCAGCUUCAUGACAUGCAAUACAUCGUACAGAGAGUGGUACACAGUAGUAAGACUCAUGGCUUGCGCAAGCUGUCGAGCCUGCUUUGCAGGUCGCCAAACUCGUUGCC